GCUCGCGACAUCUGAUGUAAACACCUGCUGUUGUUGUGUUGUUGCACUGUGUGACUGUGUGGUGGCCACCUUGCCUGGCCAGCCUGCCAGGGGUGCCUUGUCUUCCUAUUCUGGAAAAUUUACUUUAGUUUUCUCCCUUCCUGUCUGUACGUGUGUGAGAGCAGCAGCUGCCAUGAGUGCCUCCCCCUCCCUGCGGCUCUCCCUGCGCCGCAAACGUUCCACAAGGUCUGGGGAGAACAGUGGUUCACCAGCUAUCAAGAAGAGUUCACCCAAACUUCCUGAGGCCAGGAAGGAGCCUCCGUCCACGCCCAAGACUCACACUUCCCGCACUGCCAACAGACCCUCUCGCUCUGCCCUGCGCACCUCUCCACGACUGUCUAGGGAAAAAUCCAGAGACAGUAGUGAUAAUGAAGAGAAGAACUUAAAGACACCAGUCAGUACCAAAUGGAUGUCUGGGAAUGAGGAAAGCUUACGACAACCUUCCCCUGACAUGCCCUUCCUCAGCAGCCAGCUCUGUGGCACCCAGGACUGUGAGGUUGUGUGGGACUGUGACUCACCGGGCUUUUCCAAGGAUGAUCUUAAGCGCAUGCACAGUGGUGAUGAAGGGGAGAAGGCUGUGAUCGCCAUUCCAGCUCCACCACGGCAGCUGUUCCCACAUUCCCGCACCAGGCCCUCCAAGGCAGCAUCCCUGGGUAACACCACUGCACAGCUCAAUGACUUGCUGGAUCUCCUGUCAAGCAAAGGGAAGGAGAAGAGAAAGAAUGAGAGUGAAGGUGAUCCUGACCGUCACAGCCUCCAGCAAAUCAUUCCUCCAAGGGACAGCUGUUCAGAGGACAGUUCAGCCUCUGAGCUCAUUGUACUACCAGUGUCUUUGAGGGAUGCCUCCUCACAACCCUUUCAGGUGCCUGGAGUGUCUGGCCCCAAGAGUACUGACCAUGUGGCUUCCUCAAAUGACCUGAAUGACUCAGUGUGGGGAGACGACCUGAAUCUUGGCAUGUGUGAUAUAAAUGACACGAGGAGGAGCAACAGUGAGGGUGUUGGUGCAGUGAAGAACCAACUGGACAAUUCAAGGUUGUCAUCGGAGAAAGCUGAGCUCUCUAGUGCAUCAGUUGAUAUCUUUGAUGAUGAUCUGUUCAGUGAAUCUGUGAUACUCUCCACACAAGCUGUUGAGGAGGAGGCAUUGAAUACAAACAAUCACAAAGACAUUACUAAUAAGUGUUAUUCUGGUGGUCAUUAUUCAAAAGACCCACAACAGAAAUUCAGUAAACAUAAUGUUAAGGGUGAGGAAAAUAGUAGAAAUAUCAAUAGUGAUGAAAACAUUAGUAAGAACAACAAAUCUGAAUUGAAUAACCAUAGUAAAUUGAGCACAAGUGGCCUCAGCACACACAGCCUAAACAUUAACCAGAGAAGCAGCUCCUCAGACAGCUCACCGCAGCGACAAGUGAGACGCUCGUUUAGAUUUGGCUUGUCACCCACCAAUACGGCUAAGAGCAACCCUCCAGCGGUGACGGGCAACACUCGGCACACACUUGUUAACAUACCAGAGACACAGAAGUUUGUUAAGAUUAAGGAUACAAGAUGUGAGACAAAGAAAAUGAACUUACUACCUGCAUUUAAUCACGAGAAGCCAAGUGCAUUAAACAAAAAUCUAAUGGACAGGACCUCAAAAACAUCAAUCGUGGAAUCUAGUCCAUGUCCCCAGGGAACAUUACCCACAAUAAGAAAACCUUUAUUUGGACAUGAUGUGAAGGCAGAGGAAGCAAAGAACAGGAGUGUACAAGGAACUCGAGGCCCUCUGCUGCGUUCCCAGUCCAUUGGCAAUGCACGCCUGGCCACCUCCUCUCCUAUGGCACGCAGGAGUAACAGCUCAAUGGAACUAGACACCUCCCAGGAGUUAGAAGAUGAUGAUUUUUUCAAGUCAAUACUCUCAAUGCUCCCUGAGGAUGACGAAUGCAUUGUUGGUGAUGCUACUCUUUCCCUGUCUCCCAUCACCUCAGAAACCAAACCCACCCAAUCCAGUUCCAGUAAAAACUCCCUAAUUCAUGCCAGACUUGCUGUGGAAAGUAAAAUGUCUCAGGGUGUAAAGAGUAGCAAUGACAGAAAACUCACAAAUAGCACAUCUCUUCAAAAUAAAGUGAGUAAUGGUUCAGUGAGAUCUCUUGUAGUGGGCCAAGUUAACAUGUGUCCAGGAGCCACAAACUCCAAGGCGCAUCUCUCAGGAAGAACACCUGCUGCCAAUGUCCAGGGAUUGAAGCCUAGUGGUACAAACUACUCCACUGCUAAAACAAAACCUCUUGACACGAGAGAACCAAACGCAAGCAGCACCAAGGAGCAACAGAGCGGUGACACCUUUGAUGACGGGCUGUUUCAAGAUGAUGUCCUGUCGCUUAUUGAUGAAGUAGAAUCUCAGUUUGGCAGCCAGAAUGCCCCGUCACCCACACCCAGCCCACAGUCUCAGCCGCAACAAACAAGAUGCACACAGGACGAAAUAGCGCGUAAAAAAGCAGCGGCACUGCAGAGGCGAGAGGCAAAGAGGAGACAGCAGUGUAGGUAAGAGCACAUGCUGCAGGUGCUUCAUUGAGCUGAGGAUUACUUUAUGGUGCCAAGAAGUGAUGGCAGGAUCAUGGCUUCCUUACAGAUCGGAGAGGUUACUGCCACGUUUACUGACCUCAAAACAUUCCUAGUCCUUGUUUUCUUGUAAGGCGAUGCGUGAUCCUGUUGAUACUCUUACAUAGCAGUUAUUCCAUACACAGCAGACACAAAGUCACUGUUUAUGGAGAUUCUAAGGUUAUGAGUUGUUUGAAUCAUGAACAAGCCAUUAUGAGAAUUGCAACUUAUAAUUCCCCAACCACGAUCUCUUGUAAGUGAAGGUUAAUUAUUUUCUUAGUUGUAUAUAUUGUACAAAUAUAUUUUUGCAAUGUUAUUGGUAGAUAAUUUUAUCAGAUUCCCGAGUGCACUUUGCAGCAAGAAAUGACAUACACCAGCACAUGCAAUUGUUUGUGUAUGCAUUCUUCUGCAUCAUAAAGUGAGUGAUUGUUAAUUCACUCUAAUCAUGAACCAUGAAACUUGUUAAACUGGUAAUCAAGAAACUGUAUGUUUGUGAUCACAUUCACAACUCAUUGUCACCGUUCCCAGAUGAACAGUAUCAACAAUUCCAUGCUUUAUUGAGUUAACGAACCAUGAACAAGCACAUACUGCAGCCACACCAACCAGUGCAGGGGGCUUGGAUCUGCCGCUAGGUCUGUAUGGGAUCUGAUCUUUGAUAAACAGAGUACUGCUUUUGUUAUAGUAAAAGUUUUUCAUAGUCAAAUCAUUCAUAUUUGUAUUGUUUUAACUUUAUCAGACAUUAACUUGUGCAGUUUUCAUUCUGGAUCACGAAACUCCCACAGAAAAAUGAGUUAAGCUGGGCAGUGUUUGAUAUGAACAGCAUGUGUUACGUUUUAUGAAAUACUCAAACACCAAAUAAAUGUUAACAAUUACAUGAUCAAUCUUUUGUAACUACUGCAUGUAAAUAAAAUGGAAAGUAUGGAA